AUGGCAGCUGCUCCGUUCACGAUUGCCAGCCGCCUCUCCCCCGCCGCGCGCCUCCCGGUCAGCGCCUGGAGGGCGGCGAGGCCGGCGCACGGGUUCGCGUCGUCCGGGAGAGCACGCUCGCUCGCCGCGGCGCCCGCGGCGCAGGAGAACAGGGACAACAGUGUCGACGUACAGGUUAGCCAGAACGGCGGCAACAGGCGGCAGCAGGGCAACGCUGUGCAGCGCCGCCCGCGCCGCGCGGCACCGCUCGACAUCUCCCCGUUCGGGUUAGUUGAUCCGAUGUCGCCGAUGCGGACGAUGCGGCAGAUGCUGGACACGAUGGACCGGCUGUUCGACGACGCCGUGGGGUUCCCCAUGGCGACGCGGAGGUCCCCGGCGGCGGCGACCGGCGAGGUGCGCCUGCCGUGGGACAUCGUGGAGGACGACAAGGAGGUGAAGAUGCGGUUCGACAUGCCGGGGCUCGCGCGGGACGAGGUGAAGGUGAUGGUGGAGGACGACACGCUGAUCAUCCGAGGGGAGCACAAGGAGGAGGAGGGCGACGACGAGGCCGCGGAGGGCGGCAGCGGCGGCGACGGGUGGUGGAAGCAGCGCAGCGUGAGCUCCUACGACAUGCGCCUGGCGCUGCCGGACGAGUGCGACAAGAGCAAGGUGCGGGCCGAGCUCAAGAACGGCGUGCUCCUCGUCAACGUGCCCAAGACCGAGGUGGAGCGCAAGGUCAUCGACGUGCAGGUCCAGUAG